AUGAAGCUUUGGUCAUACAUAGAUCAGAUAUUGUAUGAUAAUACGAUAGAGGAGGAGUACUAUCGAAGAAUGCGACAGAAGAGUUCAUCAAACUCGGCCUUUUUUGUGGGUCUAGUUGCGGCAGUGGGUGGGUUCUUGUAUGGAUACGAUACCGGGCUAAUAAAUGAUCUACUAGAGAUGCACUAUGUGUAUACGCAUUUCCCUAGUAAUCACACUGGAUUUGCCACUCAUGAACGAGCUAUUGUUGUGGCGUCGUUGUCGUUGGGAACUUUUUUUGGCGCUUUGGUGGCACCGUUAAUUUCUGAUAGGUAUGGGCGAAAGUUUUCGAUUAUUUUAAGUGCUGGUAUCAUUUUUAAUAUUGGGAAUAUUUUACAAAUCAGCUCAACUGAAAUUGCAUUGCUUAGUGUGGGAAGAUUAGUACUGGGGGUAGCAGUGGGGAUCUUAUCAGCUAUUGUACCCUUGUAUCAAGCUGAAGCAUCGCCCAAGUGGGUUAGAGGUUCGGUUGUGUUUACUUAUCAAUGGGCCAUCACAUGGGGUCUCUUGAUCGCCAGUGCUGUAUGUCAAGGGACGCGAAAGAUUUCAAACUCAGGGUCUUAUAGAAUACCCGUUGGAAUUCAGUUUUUGUGGGCGUUGAUUUUAUCUACGGGUAUGUUGUUCCUACCGGAAAGUCCACGGUAUUAUGUACAAAAAGACAAUUUGGAGAAAGCGCUUUAUUCACUUUGCAAACUACGACGAUUGCCAGAGGAUGAUGAAUGCUUGAUUGAAGAGUUGGUAGAAAUAAAAGCGAAUUAUGAUUAUGAACGAUCUUUCGGCAAAACUACUAUUCUCGACUGUUUUAGAAGUGGCGGUGGUAGACAUAAACAAGGAUUGAGAAUGUUUACUGGGAUAGGAGUACAGUUUUUUCAACAAUGUUCAGGUGUCAAUUUUAUAUUUUAUUAUGGAGUCAAUUUUUUCAGUUCCGCUGGAGUUAAGAACUAUUACAUCAUGUCAUUGAUAACAUACAUUGUCAAUGUUGUUUUCACUGUUCCGGGUAUAAUUUUGAUUGAUACUGUCGGUCGAAGACCUUUGUUAUUUUGGGGAGGUAUCGGCAUGGCAACAGCGAAUUUUAUCAUAGCCAUAACUGGAGUCAGUGUUCAGGAGCAACAUGUCAAUGCUAGUCUAUGUGUCUCAUUUUCAUGUGUGUUUAUCUUAUUCUUUGCCAGUACUUGGGGUGGUUGUGCAUGGGCCUUGUGUUCGGAUAUCUAUGGUAUUUCCAUCAGACAAAAAGGUGUAGCCUUAACCGCUGCUACUAAUUGGUUGGUGAACUUUGUAUUUGCGUACAUAACUCCAUAUUUGAUUGAUACUGGUUCACAUACAGUGAGAUUAGGUGGGAAAAUUUUUUUCAUCUGGGGCAGUUUGAAUGCAUUGGGCACUGUGUUUGUUUACUUUACCGUUUAUGAAACAAAAGGAUUGAAAUUGGAGGAAGUCGAUUAUAUGUAUGCUCAUUGUGCCAAUGCAAGAGUAUCAAAGAAGUUUAAAUCAACAAAGAUUAAUUAUGCACAAUUGGAUGGAAAUUAUAAUCCAAUAAGUACCAACCAACCACCAUCUACAACAUCAAACGAAUUGACUCCAAAUGAGAAAGAUAAUGAUGAUUAUGAUGUGGAUCUUAUGAUUCAUCAACAUCAUGAUAGUGAUGACACUCUGCAUUUCAAUGCACCACCCAAGUCAUCACAGACCAUUACAUCCGUCCAUAAGUACGAGAGAACCCCUUCUACCUCCAAUGCUCUGGAUGAUAAGAACCUCAGUAUGCAACAACGCAAACAGUCUAUGGCAUCUAAUGGUAUUUCAUCAAUCAAUUCAUCAAGAUCAGCUGCCCAUGCAUCAAAUAUCAGUAAUGAUUAUCAAGAAUAUUUGGAGUCGUUAAAACGUGACUAUUCACAGCAUUACUCCAACUCGGCUGACAUUGUACGUAAAGUUUCAUCAUCUAUACACAAUAGCAAUAGUCUUCACAAUGGUCAUGAAUUCAAUUCAAUGGAUGAUGUUGGUUACCUUCCUGGUGAAGGUCAACAUCAUGGUAAUUUAGAUUGCAGUGCAGAUGUGAGCGAUUUGAAUCGUUUGCCAACAACGAUUAUUGCAGCACCUUUUUUUGACCAACCGCCAUCGGAUUCAGAUUCGGAUUCGGAAGUAGAUGAAGGUGAGGAUGCUGAUCAUGAAGGAGAUGGAAAUGACGGAGGAGAGAAUAAAUGA